CACUGCGGCGCGAGACACAACCACUCUCUCCCAGUCUCUCCGAGGUAGCGGCCUCCGCCUCCUACUGCUGCAAGCGCGCGGGUUCGCGGCGAUGGCGCCGUCCAGGCACGUCGACGAAGGCGGCCAGCUCCAGCUCGUGGAGGCCGAUAGGAUCGAGGAGGAGGAGGAGUGCUUUGAGUCCAUCGACAAGCUGAUCUCUCAAGGGAUAAACGCAGGAGAUGUGAAGAAGCUGCAGGAUGCGGGGAUCUACACUUGCAAUGGCCUCAUGAUGCAUACCAAGAAGAGCCUUACAGGAAUCAAGGGUUUAUCUGAAGCAAAGGUUGAGAAGAUCUGCGAGGCAGCUGAAAAACUUCUGAACCAGGGUUUCAUAACAGGAAGUGAUCUCCUUCUUAAGCGGAAGUCUGUUGUCCGGAUUACCACUGGGAGCCAGGUGCUUGACGAGCUGCUUGGCGGAGGGAUUGAAACACUUUGCAUCACAGAGGCAUUUGGAGAGUUUCGGUCAGGGAAGACCCAAUUGGCUCAUACUCUAUGUGUCUCCACUCAGCUUCCAAUCCACAUGCAUGGGGGGAAUGGGAAGGUUGCCUACAUUGACACUGAGGGAACAUUCCGGCCUGAACGCAUUGUGCCAAUUGCUGAGAGAUUUGGGAUGGAUGCCAACGCUGUUCUUGACAAUAUCAUAUAUGCUCGUGCAUACACCUAUGAGCACCAGUACAACUUGCUCCUGGGCCUUGCUGCCAAGAUGUCUGAAGAACCUUUCAGGCUUCUGAUUGUGGAUUCUGUGAUUGCACUAUUCCGUGUUGAUUUCAGUGGCAGGGGUGAACUUGCAGAGCGUCAGCAAAAACUAGCACAGAUGCUAUCCCGCCUUACUAAGAUUGCUGAGGAGUUCAAUGUUGCAGUGUACAUCACCAACCAAGUGAUUUCUGAUCCAGGUGGUGGUAUGUUCAUAACUGAUCCAAAGAAACCAGCAGGCGGCCACGUGUUGGCACAUGCUGCCACCAUCAGACUGAUGCUGAGGAAAGGCAAAGGUGAACAGCGUGUCUGCAAGAUCUUUGAUGCCCCUAACCUUCCUGAGGGAGAAGCUAUAUCCUUUUGCUUUAUCCAUGUUUAUGCUUGUCUUACUGAUUGCUUUAAUUUGGCAGGUCGCUAAAAUCCAGAUAAAUUGCUUUGCUUUGAUUUGCUCAGAAAACUCUUGUGAUUAUUUAACUGUACAUGUUACUAACUGCACUCACUGAAAGCUUCAGAUGAUACAAAUUAGCAAUCUGAUGCCUAGAAGUUGUUUCCCUUGACCAACAGUACGUUUUCCAGGUUACAUCAGGUGGAAUCAUGGAUGCAAAAGACUGAUUAUCCACUCAGAGCGGUUCCUGUCCUAAGAUUGUUCAGAUUUCUUUAGUAGAAUUCACAGCAUACAUCAGUGCAUUGACAAAAGCUACUGUACUGUUACUGGUAGUUGCUCAUGCCAAUGUGGCCAUGUAUACAGUCCAUAGUCCAUGCCUGCCUGAAUGUCUGCAUCAGUAAAAGUAAGUCCCUGUUUAAGGCUCAUGUUACUCCAACCAUAAAUUCUUGGGGAUGAUUACAAC